GGGCAGCUGUCAAGCCACAUACCUUACAGGGAAUUUAGGGGAGCUGAUGAGAGGGGCUGCUGGCCCCCCCUGGUUCUAAUCCCCACAAGGAGGGGCUGCUCUUCCAGAGAAUCCUGCAAGCAGAGGACAAAGCAGGCAACUGCCAAACGAUGCUAUAAGGGAGCAUUGUGCAACUUUAAACGAGCUUCUUCCUAAUAGAUCAGCAACGGAACAACGUUAUCCGGGACAACGGUGCGCAUGAAAGACAAGGAGACACUGGCAUCCCUCAGCAGAGGUUUAAUGAUGACUGAGCUGAGCACAACGUCCCUGCUUCCGACAGAAACCAGCCCAGACUAUAGGGAUAAUGAGACUGGUUGCCUAAUACACAGUUUAACUGAUGUGAUCCUUGAUGGUGUCACUGUGCUCAUCUGUCUCUUCGGGCUGGUGGGCAACGGGGUCGUCCUCUGGCUCCUCAGCUUCUUCAUUAAGAGGAAUCCCUUCACCAUCUACAUCCUCAACCUGGCCGUAGCAGACUUAAGCUUCCUCCUCUGCCUGCUUGUUUACCUCAUACUUUUUACUGUGCAAUCUCUCUUCUGUUUCUAUGAAUUUGGGCACUUUCUGAGGUUUUUACAACUGCUGUAUCUGGUCGCCCACAAUGCUGGCCUGUACUUCCUGACGGCCAUCAGCGUUGAGAGGUGUCUGUCUGUCUUCUACCCCAUCUGGUGUCGAUGCCACCGCCCCAAGCACCUGUCUGCCCUUCUGUGUGCCCUGCUGUGGGCGCUCUCCUGCCUUGUAACCGGACUAAUGUCUUAUUUUUGUUUUUUUGAUGCAACUGAACACUGUCCGAUGUCAAACAUAGCCAUGUAUGCUCUGGAUUUCCUGAUUUUCGCUCCCAUCAUGGUUCUGUCCAACCUGAUCCUGUUCAUCAAGGUCCGCCAUAGCUCCCGACAACGUCAGCCUGGAAGGCUCUACAUUGUUAUCUUGCUCACCGUCCUCUUCUUCCUCGUCUUUGCUGUUCCCUUCAGUAUCCAGCGCUUUGGCCUGUAUUUUAAUUAUGUGUAUAUCCCCAUUGAGAUAUGUAAUGCACUGGCCUCUUUAAACAGCAGCAUUAACCCACUUAUUUACUUUUUAGUUGGGAGCUACAGGAAGUGGCGGUUCCGGGGCUCUGUUAAGGUCGCACUCCAGAGGGUUUUUGAAGAGCAUGCAGAUUCCAGAGAAGACAUAGAAGCCACCAGGACAGACACAAUGGAGAUGGCCAAUUAAAUCCCUACUGCACCCAGCCUCAGAGACCUUAUUGUGGAUGUGGAGCUUUAUUAAUCAGUAUGAAAAUUAGCAGCUUCCUACUUGUUUAAUUUUUCUCUAAUUUUCCAAAUACCAUAUUUGUGUGGCACUUGGUUAUGAUGUUAUGUCUGUCUUGGAAAACUCGUCAGCAUGGUCUCUGGGCCCAUCAUAUAUAUUUUACACAUCUCCCAAGUUAUAUCUCCAGUGGGUGUAUAUGUAUGCAAGGUGACAGUACAUGAUUUCUGCUUCUGACUAGAAACCCAUCUACUAGAAAGAGGGAUUGGGGAAAAAAGGCAUUUUGACAGGGUGGGCAUGAGAGGAAAUAACAUACUGACAUUAACAUCGAUGGCAACUUUAUUAUAUCUGCCCAAAGCAUAAGAACUAAAAAGAACAAAAGUUAUUCUAAAGCACGAAAUACAUAUAAAUAUCUAUCUAAUUAAACAGCAUACACAUUGCC